CAUCUCUAUCUCUGUAAUCUCUAGUUAUUGUCUUCUGUUUCUGCAUUAACAUAUGUGCUUUAUUUUUAUUUUAUUUUUUGGUCCAACAAUAUAUAUGCUUUAUAUAUGAACAUGGAUUUCAUAUUUUUUGUAGCUUAAUAGCCGGCGGUUAGUUACAUAAGCUCGUGAGAUAUAUAAGCUUGUAAUAAAUGCACCCAAAUGUUUAGAGAUUUACGUCCUGCUUAAUUGGAAAGAAUUUUCUUUGUCUAGGGUUUUGAAGAUUGGUCCCCCAGCUGGGUAAUAUCUUUUAUUAUUUAAAGCUGAGCAUAUAUAACAAUAUUAUUGCAAUCAUGUAUGCUGAAUUAAGUAAAAUCAUGACUUAAGUAAAUGGUCAUUUUGAAUAAUGAUAUGCAGCUAGGUAUCAAUCUUACGUACUUGAUAAGAUGGGGAGGUGGAAAGGACGAGAAACAUGAGACAACUGAGAAAGCACUAUUUUCAUAUGGUGGUGUGUAUGGAUCAUACCCUCCCCAAGGAUAUGGAUAUCCCCCGCAAGCACAUCAUGCAUUCCCUUCUUCUGGCGGGUAUCCUCCACCUGCCUAUCCUUCUUAUGUGGGAUAUCCACCAACCUCCUAUCCACCAACUGGUUAUCCAGUGCAUGGAGCUGCUGGCAUGGGAAUGGGAGGGAUGUUAUCUGGGGGUGCUGUCGCAGCUGUUCCUGCGUAUGAGGCUGACCAUCUUGUGUAUGAGGGUGGGGGCAACCAUAACUAUGGCGCUUACCAUGGAUAUGGUGGUUGCCGUGGCUAUGGGGGUGCCCCCGGCUAUAUUGGCAAGCCCUUUGAGGGCUAAUUCAACAAAUGGAAGUAAAAAUAUGAUAUGGUAGAUCUGCCGAUCUAAGGCAAAUUUCAUGGUCCCUGGACCCUGCAUCAAGAUCCAAUACUAGUCUAAGAUAAUCUACUUACGCCCUUUCUAAUAAUUACUCUAAAAAUAAAUACAGACUCAUUUGUAUUUUACAUUGUAUUUAUAUACAUAAAAAUAAAUAAAGGGCGUAU